UCGUCAUUUCCUACCGUCACCUCGUACACUUCCGGAAGAAGCGGAAGACAACAGUGAAAAGUCACAGCUUAUAUGCUCGCUAUAUGCAACGUUUUCAAAUAGCAAAACAGACAUUUUGAUUUGAGUCUUUUGACAACAAAAGAGCUAAACUGUCGCCAUGUUUUCCUUCCACGUAUUUGACCACCCGAUGUCCCGGGGGUUUCAGAACCGCUUCUCCACUCAGUACCGCUGCUAUUCGGUGUCCAUGCUGGCAGGUCCCAACGACCGCUCCGACGUGGAGAAAGGAGGCAAAAUAAUAAUGCCACCUUCAGCUCUCGACCAGCUCAGCAGGCUUAACAUCACCUAUCCAAUGCUGUUCAAGUUGACCAACAAGAACUCAGACAGAAUGACCCACUGUGGUGUUCUGGAGUUUGUGGCAGACGAGGGAAUCUGCUACCUGCCGCACUGGAUGAUGCAGAAUCUCCUGCUGGAGGAAGGUGGCCUGGUCCAAGUGGAAAGCGUUAACCUUAUGGUGGCCACCUACUCGAAGUUCCAGCCACAGAGCCCCGACUUCCUAGACAUUACAAACCCCAAGGCAGUACUGGAGAAUGCAUUGAGAAACUUUGCCUGCUUGACAACUGGUGAUGUCGUAGCUAUCAACUACAAUGAAAAGAUAUAUGAGCUGCGAGUAAUGGAGACCAAGCCAGAUAAAGCAGUGUCCAUCAUCGAGUGUGAUAUGAAUGUGGAUUUUGAUGCUCCUUUGGGUUACAAAGAGCCUGAACGACGACCUCAGCACCAGGAAGAACCAACAGAGGAAGAAGCAGAUCCCCCCAGUUACGAAGACAUGGACCUGGGAUUCAGAGCUUUCACUGGCUCUGGCAAUCGUUUGGAUGGUAAAACAAAAGGGAUUGAGCCCAGCCCUGCCCCUCUUGGCCCAAGUGACAUCAAAAGAGGUAUUCCCAACUAUGAAUUCAAAGUUGGCAGGAUCACCUUCAUCAGAAACUCGAGGCCUCUGCCCAGGAAAACUUUAGAUGACGAUGAUGCAAUGAACAGAUUCAUCGCUUUCUCUGGAGAAGGACAGUCACUACGCAAGAAGGGCAGAAAGCCUUGAAGGAUUUCAAGUGCGGAGACUGGCUAGUGUACACAGACUCACCGUAUCUAUUGUCACAUUCAACAGCAAAGUAAAAAAAACUGGCCUUCAGAUGCAUUGGGAUUUUGUCUCGCUGUCUCUUUGAAAUAGGAUUUUUGCUGUUGAGUUGGGAUUAUAUGUAAUUGAAACUCUGACAGUAAUAUCUUGAUCAGCUGAAGCUGAGCUCCAUAAAAUGCUGUCUGUAGUUUGUGGGAUAAAUAAAAAUAAAUAAUAUCACCACACCA